CAGGUCAUCUGAGGUCAAUGAGUUACAUGUUAACUUUGCAGCCAAGAGUCGGGUGACUCAGCGAGUUUGGUGGUCACAGACGAUUCCUGGACGGCCAGGAGGGUCAAACCACAUGUCUUGAUGUGAACACGAAUCUCACAAAGCGUUGAAACGUUCAACAAGUUUACUUUUGCAACCCGGAAGUGACUUCGAACUGUGUUUCGCGAUGGCGUCGACUGAAACAACAGAAGCUAACAGCCCGAGCUGGUCUAUGUGGCUGAUGUGUAAGAGCAUGAGGACGAAGUUUCCAUCGGUCCGUCAGAUGGCCACAGAAGAGCUGGAUCGUCUGCUGAAGGCACAACAAGCCUCGGACGGGAGCAACGAGGUUCUGCUCCUGGAUUCUCGGCCAGUAGAGGAAUACGAUAUCAGCCACAUCCCGGAUGCAGUCCGCGUGGACCAUAAUGGUGACCUCACGCCAGCUCUGGACAGAAUACGACAAGAGAACGACACGUCUCGUCCUCUGUCAGUCGUAGCCUACUGCUCCCUGGGAUACCGGUCAUCAGUGGUAGCAAAGAGGCUUGAGGAGGAACUGAAUAAACUCCCAUCAGGCAGUUCAAAUCGACCAAUCAGCAUCUACAACCUGGAGGGCAGCCUGUUCAAAUGGGCCAAUGAGGGAAGGGGAAUGGAGGACAGUGAAGGGAAGAAAACAACAUUGGCUCAUCCCUACAGCAGUGUGUGGGGAAAACUACUUAACAAACAACUCCACUGCUGGUCGAGAUGAUAUUCUGUUGUGUUUAUUCUACUGUAUUCUUAAAAUCAAGUACAACAUUGUAUAUUAGGAAGAAAAUUAGACUUUUGCAUUUUUACAGCUAGCCGUUACAUCUGAAAGUAGCAAAUGAUAUUUAUGGCCACAUUCACACUUGUGCAUAUGUUAAAGUCCGUAUGAGUUGUGCAUUGAUAUCAUUUUGGUUUAGGUAAAGUUUGAGGCCGAAGAAGUAUUUUUUACGGUGAGAUAUACUUAGGAAGUGAACAUAGGUAUGCUACCAUGCAUUUUUGUCUUACGGAAAAGCAUUUUCUUUCUAGGAAGCAGGUGGACACUAUUAUGGCAUGCCAAGUGUAUCUCCAUCAUGCAGAUUUUCCUUAUUCGUAUGACAUUUGAAAUAAAAGUAUUAUUGAAUAUCAAA